UCAUGUAUUUAUUUAUUUACCAUUCCUACACACACCCAGUCAGUGAGACCACUAUCUGUGUUUCUUAGAGCAUGGUGAUCGAUACCCAGCGACUCCUCUGUCUCUGUGUCCAUACAUGUACUGCAUGUCAGGGCAGGGUCAUGGGGGUUUGUUAUCCAUCAGUGCGUGUCCCUGCGGCCAAGAUGGGGUUAAUAUUGCUCGUCUGGCUGACAGCAGGAUAUAGGGAAGGAAGUAGAGAGAUUAAAUGAGUGAGAGGCAGGGGGCAGAGGAGAGAGAGAGAGAGAGAGAGAGAGAGAGAGAUUUAAUUCAUCCCUGAUUGACUAUAGCUAGCACACUGGCACUCACAAGCACUAACACCCACACCGAACGAUGGAGAGAGACAGCAGAAAUGAGAAGUUCCUAUCCAGAAAGAGAAGUUUCACUUUUGGGGCAUAUGGAGGUGUGGACAAGUUCCUAUGUGAACAUGAGACUAGCAGACCAGAGCCUUUAGAACACAGCAUUCUGGAUAUUUUGGACUCCCCUACCAGCGAGACCCAACCGUUCCUUUCUGCUGGCAGCAACCAGAAGGUGACAGAGCUGUUUGAGAUCAUUGAGAAGUUGCAGAGCAGCAGGCUAGAUGAACAGCGCUGUGAAUUCCCUCUGCCUUUGAGGUCUCAGCUUUUGAAGAUAGGUCGUGACCUUCCUCUGAUCCUGCCUCCAAAGCUGGGUGGUUACUGGAUAGACCCCCCGCUACAGAAGUUUGCUGAGACCAGUCCGACAUCCUCUCAUUAUGGACUAGACCCAGAGACCUAUGACAUCAUGGAGAGAGACAGCGAGGCCACAUACUACCAGCAGUUCUUCCGCUCACGAUAUCAUCACUCGUUCACAGCAGUGGACCCCUCCCUGGGACCCCUCCUUCUCUCUAUCUGUUUGGUGGAAGAAGAGAAGAGGCUGAGAGUAAUCCUGAGGAUGAGGGAAUGCUCUAUGCAUGGGGUUUUCUCUGUGUCUCUGUUCCCAAACAUCCCGUCUGCUGUGGAGCUGGCCAAGAUGCUAUGCGACAGUGUGACUGUGUCCAGAUUUGAUGUGGUCAGUUACCUCAAGGCACCAGAUCUUAUAACAGCAUUUGAUGAACACAGAGUGUCUCUGAAUUUCAAGUUUGGUGUCUUGUAUCAGAGAGAGGGACAGUUGACAGAGGAGGACAUACUCUGUAACAAUGAGGAAAGUGAAGAGUUUCAAGAAUUCCUCUCUAUUUUGGGAGAUACAGUCACACUUCAAGGGUUCACUGGGUUCCGAGGAGGUUUGGACGUGUGUCAUGGCCAGACAGGAAGUGAUGCGGUCUUCACUUCCUUCCACAGCAGAGAGAUCAUGUUCCAUGUGUCCACCAAAUUGCCCUUCACAGAGGGCGAUACACAACAGCUACAGAGGAAGAGACACAUAGGCAACGACAUCGUUGCUGUUGUUUACCAGGAGGGCCACACCCCUUUUCUGUCUGAUGUCAUCGGCUCACACUUCCUGCACUGUUUCCUAGUGGUCAGGAGGGUGAGGAAGAGAGUGGGGGACGAGGGGGAGGAGGCAGGAGGUGGAGGGGUGUUCCAGGUGUCAGUCACAGCCAGAGAGGAUGUACCUCCCUUUGGUCCCUCCCUCCCUGAUCCUCCUAUAUUCACAGAGAGCUCCCUGUUGAGAGAGUUCCUUCUGACCAAGCUUAUCAAUGCAGAGAUCUCCUGUUAUAAGGCUGAGAGGUUCAGAAGACUGGAGCUGCGCACUCGUUCGUCCCUCCUGGAGGGUCUGCAGGCGGAACUGUCCACCCGCUCCCAGUGCAUGAUGGGAGAUUCGCCUGUGUCCACCCUCUCGACUUCUGAGGGGAUGAGGGGUGUAACUGAGGGGAGUGGCGGGUUCAUCAAAAACUUUAAGAGAGCCAUUAGGGUGCGCAGUAAUUCUUUUGACACUCUUGGGGGACCUAGAAAGAUGGGCGGGGUGCCGCUCCCACAGAAGCCCAAGGCUGCUACAGAGAGAGAUGGAGAGAGUGAGUUGGCCUACAAGCCCCCUGAACCCAGCUUUCCGCCCACAGACAACCUGGGCUCCACAGAGGUCAAAGACCACUCCAGUCCCCAGGAGAAUAUGUAGACAAACAAAAUUAUGUGUAUAUUUGAGUAAUAACAGAGUGGAUACUUUGUAUAUACAGUGCAUUCGGAAAGUAUUCAGACCCCUUGACUUUUUCCACGUUUUGUUACUUUACAGCCUUAUUCUAAAAUUGAUUAUUCUAAAAUUGAUUAUUCUAAAAUUGAUGAAGAAAAAAUCCUCAUCAAUCUACACACAAUAGCCCAUAGUUACAAAGCAAAAACAGGUUUUUAGACAUUUUUGCAAUUUUAUAACAAAUAAAACACUGAAAUAUCAGACCCUUCACUCAGUACUUUGUUGAAGCACCUUUAAAUCAAAUCAAAUCAGAUCGUAUUAGUCACAUGCGCCGAACGGGUGUAGACCUUACAGUGAAAUACUUACUUAGGAGCCACUAACCAACAAAUGCAGUUUAAAAUAAUAUGGAUAAGAAUAAGAAAUAAAAGAGCAGCAGUAAAAUAACAAUAGCGAGACUAUAUACAGGGGUACAGGGUCAAUGUGCAGGGCACCGGUUAGUUGAGGUAAUGUAAAUGAACAUGAAGGUAGAGUUAUUAAAGUGACUAUGCAUAAAUGAUAACAACAGAGAGUAUCAGUGGUGUAAAAGGGGGGGGUAUUUCAUUAGGUGUUCAGGAGUCUUAUGGCUUGGGGGUAGAAGCUGUUUAGAAGCCUCUUGGACAUAGACUUGGUGCUCCGGUACCGCUUGCCAUGCUGUAGCAGAGAGAACAGUCUAUGACUAGGGUGGAUGGAGUCUUUGACAAUUUUUAGGGUCUUCCUCUGACACCACCUGGUAUAGAGGUCCUGAAUGGCAGGAAGCUUGGCCCCAGUGAUAUACUGGGCCGUUAGCACUACCCUCUGUAGUGCCUUGCAGUCGGAGCCCGAGCAGUUGCCACACCAGGCUGUGAUGCAACCAUGCUCUCGAUUGUUCAGCUGUAGAACCUUUUGAGGAUCCGAGGACCUAUGCCAAACCUUAUCAGUCUCCUGAGGGGGAAUAGUUAUUGUCGUUCCCUCUUCACGACUAUCUUGGUGUGCUUGGACCAUGUUAGUUUGUUGUUGAUGUGGACACCAAGGAACUUGAAGCUCUCAACCUGUUCCACUGCAGCCCCGUCGAUGAGAAUGGGGGCGUGCUCGGUCCUCUUUUUCCUGUAGUCGACAAUCAUUUCCUUUGUUUUGAUCAUGUUGAGGGAGAGGUUGUUGUCCUGGCACCACACGACCAAGGCUCUGACCUCCUCCCUAAAGGCUGGCUUGUCGUUGUCGGUGAUCAGGCCUACCACUGUUGUGUCAUCGACAAACUUAAUGAUGGUGUUGGAGUUGUGAUUGGCCGUGCAGUCAUGAGUGAACAGGGAGUACAGGAGUGGACUGAGCACGCACCCCCGAGGGGCCCCUGCGUUGAAGAUCAGCGUGGCGGAUGUGUUGUUUUGUUACCUACACUUACCACCUGGGGACAGCUCGUCAGGAAGUCCAGGAUCCAGUUGCAGAGGGAGGUGUUUAGUCCCAGGGUCCUUAGCUUAUUGAUGAGCUUACAGGGCACCAUGGUGUUGAACGCUGAGCUGUAGUCAAUGAAUAGCAUUCUCACAUAGGUGUUCCUUUUGUCCAGGUGGGAAAGGGCAGUGUGGAGUGCAAUAGAGAUUGCAUCAUCUGUGGAUCUGUUGGUGCGGUAUGCGGGUCUAGGGUUUCUGGGUUAAUGGUGUUGAUGUGAGCCAUGACCAGCCUUUCAAAGCAGUUCAUUGCUACAGAUGUUAGUGCUACGGGUCGGUAGUCAUUUAGGCAGGUUACCUUCGUGUUCUUGGGCACAGGCAUUAUGGUGGUCUGCUUAAAAUAUUUUGGUAUUACAGACUCGGACAGGGAGAGGUUGAAAAUAUCAGUGGAGACACUUAUUUUAUUUUAUAUAUUUUUUAUUUUAUUAUUAUUUUUUUUCUUCUAAGGGGUGGAUCUGUUUAAUAUUGCGGAAAGAUUGUUGCUUCCAUCAAUGUAAUUGUCUGCAUUAUUUCCAAUUCCCCAUAUAUUCUUUUGGAGUAAAUAUAUAUAUCCAUAUACACAUACAGUGGGGAGAACAAGUAUUUGAUACACUGCCGAUUUUGCAGGUUUUCCUACUUACAAAGCAUGUAGAGGUCUGUCAUUUUUAUCAUAGGUACACUUCAACUGUGAGAGACGGAAUCUAAAACAACAAUCCAGAAAAUCACAUUGUAUGAUUUUUAAGUAAUUAAUUUGUAUUUUAUUGCAUGACAUAAGUAUUUGAUACAUCAGAAAAGCAGAACGUAAUAUUUGGUACAGAAACCUUUGUUUGCAAUUACAGAGAUCAUACGUUUCCUGUAGUUCUUGACCAGUCACUGCACAGCUAUUUUCGGGUCUCUCCAGAGAUGUUCGAUCGGGUUCAAGUCCGGGCUUUGCCUAGGCAUCUCAAGGACAUUCAGAGACUUGUCCCGAAGCCACUCCCACAUUGUCUUGGCUGUGUGCUUAGGGUCUUUGUCCUGUUGGAAGGUGUCCUUUCACCCAAAUUCUGAGCGCUCUGGAGCAGGUUUUCAUCAAGGAUCUCUCUGUACUUUGCUCCGUUCAUCUUUGCCUCGAUCCUGACUAGUCUCCUAGUCCCUGCCACCAAAAACCAUCCCCACAGCAUGAUGCUGGCACCACCAUGCUUCACCAUAGGGAGUGUGCCAAGUUUCCUCCAGAUGUGACACUUGGCAUUCAGGCCAAAUGGUUCAAUAUUGGUUUCAUCAGACCAGAGAAUCUUGUUUUGUCAUGGUCUGAGAAUCCUUUAUGUGCCUUUUGGCAAACUCCAAGCGGGCUGUCAUGUGGUUUUUAUUGAGGAGUUGCUUCCGUCUGGUCACUCUACCACAAGGGCCUGAUUAGUGGAGUGCUGUAGAGACGGUUGUCCUUCUGGAAGGUUCUCCCAUCUCCACAGAGGCUCUGGAGGUCUGUCAGUGACCAUCGGCUUCUUGGUCAUCUCCAUGACCAAAGCCCUUCUCCACUGAUUGCUCAGUUUGGCCAGGCAGCCAGCUCUUGGAAGAGUCUUAGUGGUUCCAAACUUCUUCCAUUUAAGAAUUAUGGAGGUCACUGUGUUCUUGGGGGACCUUCAAUGCUGCAGAAAUGUUUUGGUACCCAUCCCCAGAUCUGUGCCUCAACACAAUCCUGUCUCGGAGCUAUACGGACAAUUCCUUUGACUUCACGGCUUGGUUUUUGCUCUGACAUGCACUUUCAACUGUGGGACCUUAUAUUUGUCUUGCCUUUGCAAAUCAUGUCCAAUCAAUUGAAUUUACCAUAGGUGGACUCCAAUCAAGUUGUAAAAAACAUUAAGGAUGAUCAAUGGAAACAGGAUACAUUUGAGCUCAAUUCUCAUAGCGAAGGGUCUGAAUAUGUAAAUAAGGUAUUUCUAAAAACCUGUUUUACAUUUACAUUUACAUUUAAGUCAUUUAGCAGACGCUCUUAUCCAGAGCGACUUACAAAUUGGUGCAUUCACCUUAUGACAUCCAGUGGAACAGCCACUUUACAAUAGUGCAUCUAAAUCUUUA